AUGAUGCUGGGUCCUGAGGGAGGUGAAGGAUUUGUGGUCAAGCUCCGCAGCUUGCCAUGGUCUUGUUCUAUUGAAGAUGUGCAGAAUUUCCUGUCUGAAUGCAAAAUUCAUGAUGGCGUGGCAGGUGUUCAUUUCAUCUAUACUCGAGAAGGCAGGCAGAGUGGUGAAGCUUUUGUUGAACUUGAAUCAGAAGAUGAUGUAAAAAUGGCCCUGAAUAAAGACAGAGAAAGCAUGGGGCACCGCUAUAUUGAGGUAUUCAAGUCACAUAGAACCGAAAUAGAUUGGGUGUUGAAGCACAGCGGUCCAAAUAGUGCCGACACUGCCAAUGAUGGCUUUGUGCGCCUUCGAGGACUCCCAUUUGGAUGCACGAAAGAAGAAAUUGUUCAGUUCUUCUCAGGGUUAGAAAUCAUGCCUAAUGGGAUCACUUUGCCAGUGGACCCUGAGGGCAAGAUUACAGGGGAAGCCUUUGUGCAAUAUGCUUCACAGGAAUUAGCUGAGAAGGCUCUAGGGAAGCACAAGGAAAUAAUAGGGCACAGGUAUAUAGAAGUGUCCAAGAGCAGUCAGGAAGAAGUGAGAUCAUACUCCGAUCCCCCUCUAAAGUUCAUGUCUGUGCAGCGACCAGGCCCCUAUGACAGGCCUGGUACUGCCCGGAGAUACAUUGGCAUUGUCAAACAAGCAGGCUUUGACAGAAUGAGGUCUGGGGCUUAUAGCACAGGUUAUGGGGGCUAUGAGGAGUAUAGUGGCCUCAGUGACAGCUAUGGUUUCACCACUGAUUUAUUUGGAAGAGAUCUCAGUUACUGUCUGUCAGGAAUGUAUGAUCACAGAUAUGGAGACAGCGAGUUUGCUGUUCAGAGCACAACUGGACACUGUGUCCACAUGAGGGGGCUUCCAUACAAAGCGACUGAGAAUGAAAUUAAUUCUUUUUUCUCCCCACAGAAGUAUGGUGAGCCCAAAACUAGUCAUAUUAACCUGUACCUACCUAAAAGAAAGGCUGUCAAAGCAGGCAUUUACAUGAACUGUACAAAUAUAAAAUGGGAGCAAUUUUUGGAUAAAUGA